UGUAGAAUUAAGCAAAUGUCAACACAAGUGAAUGUUUUAUGUUUUCUCCUUAUAUUUUGUUUUAAGUCUCGCUGUCUACACUGUAUGAAAGCCAUAACAGUACCUGGAACUUUCCAAAAUGUYGUACUCGGUCAAAACAGUACUAAUGUCAAACUAACAUGGACGAUCGACCUCGAAGGGCAACCCUUCAGUCAACUGAAAAUCUCRAGGUAUAAGGAAAAUGAUCCUGCCAGAACACAGAAAAAUUUAGGUCUUCUGUACAGCAGUAAUCGUGCAGCAGUUUCAAGUUCAGCAUACAGUCUAAAUGCAAGCAAGCUUUCCUCGCCUGUGUAUGCUACUCUCACGAUCAAGGACGUUCUGAACCAGAGCAGAAAUUUCGAUGGUUCWGAGGUAGACGUACUGAAAAAUACGUAUGUGUUCAAAAUKGAAGUUGAUGUAGAGAAUCCAUCAGUACUUACGUUGGUGGAUACGGUCAAGUUGCAAGUAUUUGGUAAGGAAAAACAAUAUUGCAUUUCAAUUAUUUUGAAUAAUUUUAACCUUAUUUCGAGAACUCUGCAUCCGUGA